UAAGUUAUGACCUCAUGAUUCUCUCUCCACAAUAGGUUCGGCAAACUUCCUCGAGCGCUCUACGCGUCUGUACAUGUUGAUUAUCGCGCAAUCUCACUUGCCAAAGCAUCGCAAUGGCCAUUGUGCAGGAUUGGCUGCCGCCGUCGCGUGAGAAUUGGGAGCUGAUCUGCCAAAUCUGGCAAUACUUUCCCAUAAUUACCGCAAUACAAUGGGUGACCGACUACUAUCCGCAGGGGAAGACGUCAAAUGAGUCUGUCUUCAAUAUCAAUGGAAAGAUUGGAUGGGCAAGCAUGGAGUCGGUAGGAUUCAUUAUCCUGCUGUACAUCAUGUACACACUGCCGCAAGAACUGGGAAUUGGAGAUUUGCCAUGGGGUAACUGGACGAUGGCUGGGUGCUUCGUCGCCCACUACAUCUAUCGCGCAAUCCUCUCGCCCCUCUUCCUGAACCCAAGCAUGUCACCCAUGAGCCCGCUCGUCUGGCUCAUGGCAUUCGCCUUCCAAACUUUCAACGCCAUCUCCAUCGGCGGAUAUCUCGCGGGCUACGGACCGACAACACAGCACGAGUGGACUGUACGGUCUGGAUGGGUGUUUUUUGGGCUCGUCAUCUGGAGCUGGGGACUGAUGGGCAACAUGUUCCAUGACGACGACUUGCGCGAGAUCAGACGGACGGCAGAUCGCAAGCAGCGCAAGCAGCGCAAAGAGGUUGCCGCGCAGGGCAAGGCUGUGGAAAGCGUGGAUAAGAUUUACAUGAUUCCGAAGAAUGGGCUGUUCCAGUACGUUCUACAUGCGCACUACCUCUGUGAAUGGAUCGAGUGGGCUGGAUGGUGGAUGGUUGGAGGGUGGAACUGUGUUCCUGCGCGGAUAUUCUUGGUCAACGAGGUCACGACGAUGCUACCACGGGCGCUGCAGGGCAAGAGGUGGUAUGAGAAGAAGUUUGGCAAGGAGAGGCUAGAGAAUAGGAAAGCGGUGAUUCCAGGGCUGAUAUGAUCGGGACUUGGGGCAGUGCGGAAGGCUAGUAGCCAAUUUUGUAGCUAUAGAUGGAAAUUAUACAUGUGUGGCUUUGGUGUAACAAAGAGGUCGAUGAGCUUCGGCAGUGUUAGCCGCAGUAGCGGCAAGCAGCAAGCGGGCGGGCAAAGGUACUAAUAAUUAAGCGUGACACGGCGGCGGAGCGUCGAAUGUCUUUACAACGUAGAGACGACAAACAUGUGUAAUAACAUGUCAGCGCAGGGUAGUGAUGUGUGAUGGAUUCCCUGUACAAGGACACUGUGAUGGCUCACUGGUGGAACUUGGGCAGCGCGAAGGAGUGAUCAGUGACAGAAGCUGAUUACGAGCAACACGAGCACACAUGAUGUGAAAAGCCGUAUCGCUGCAGCGUGAAGCAACCAAUUCUCUUCCUGAGAGU